AUGCCCUGUGGCAGGGCAGAUACCCCAGAGAACUUGGUCACUCUCCCAUGUGGCUUCAAGGGCCACCUUAAGUAUGUCUUGCUGAAGGAGAGCUUACACAGAAAAGAGGAGUGGCUGGCACUUCCCUCGACCGUGAGCCGUCUGUACAGUGACUCCCAGGAUGUGCUCCGCCAGACCCCCCUGUAUGACUUCCUCCUGGCCCGUGGAGGGAAGAUGGUGGCCUUCGCAGGCUGGAGUCUGCCCAUGCAGUACCGGGACAGCCACGUCGACUCACACCUUCACACCCGCCGGCACUGCUCGCUCUUCGAUGUGUCCCACAGGCUGCAGACUAAAAUUUUUGGUGGUGAUCGAGUGAAGUUGAUGGAGAGUUUGGUGGUUGGAGAUAUUGCAGAACUAAGACCAAACCAGGGGACUCUGUCGCUGUUUACCAACGAGGCCGGAGGUAUCUUAGAUGACCUUAUUGCGACCAACACCUCUGAGGGGUACUUGUAUGUGGUGUCCAACGCUGGCUGCUGGGACAAGGACUUGGCCCUGAUGCAGGACAAGCUCAGGGAGCUUCAGAACAAGGGUGAUGAUGUGGGCCUGGAGGUGGUGGAUGAUGCCCUGCUGGCCCUGCAAGGCCCCACUGCAGCCCAGGUACUCCAGACCGGCUUGGCAGAUGACUUGAAGAAACUGCCCUUCAUGACCAGUGCUGUGAUGGAGGUGUUUGGUGUGUCCAGCUGCCGUGUGACCGGGUGUGGCUACAUGGGAGAAGAUGGUGUGGAGAUCUCUGUGCCGGCAGCAACAGCUCUGCUGGAGAACCCGGAGGUGAAGUUGGCGGCCCGGGACAGCCUGCGUGUGGAGGCUGGCCUCUGCCUAUAUGGGAGCAACAUUGAUGAGCACACCAUACCGGUGGAAGGCAGCCUCAGUUGGACACUGGGAAAACGCCGCCGAGCUGCCAUGGAUUUCCCUGGAGCCAGGGUCAUCGUUCCCCAGCUGAAGGGCAAGGUGCAGAGGAAACGUGUGGGGUUAACCUGUGAGGGGGCACCUAUGCGGGCACACAGCCCCAUCCUGAGCACGGACAGUACCGUGAUUGGUGCUGUAACCAGUGGCUGUCCGUCGCCCUGCCUGAAGAAGGAUGUGGCGAUGGGGUAUGUGUCCUCUGAGUAUAGUCGGCCAGGCACCCAGCUGCUGGUAGAGGUGCGGCGGAAGCAGCAGAUGGCUGUGGUCAGCAAAAUGCCCUUUGUGCCCACAAACUACUAUAUGCUCAAGUGA